AUGUCGGAGAGAAAGCGACGGCAUUGGAUCCCGAUUGAGUUACCAGAUAACCUUCAGACGACGAUCCCACUACAGAUCAUUACCAUGGAUCACAUACCCUCGCUGCCAAGAUCUCACAAUGACAACAAGGAACUAUUGACCGUUGAAGAUCUAUUCUCUGGAUGGGAUUGUAAAAGCCAGUGCGUCACGAUCAGCGCAGUAGAUCGCCGAACCGACGAAGAAUACACCUUCCGCCGAUUUGGCGCUAAUGAAGCGAUCCUGUAUGACCGAGAGCCCGGAUAUAUGUCUGACUUCUUUAAGGCCUCCAACAAGAUAUUAGGUCAUCGGUAA